AUGGAGCAGUCACAGUGUGGCAGCAGAGACCGCAGCGGCAGCGGCCGACCCCACCUGGCCCCGGGGCUGGUGGCGGCCGCCCCUCCGCCCCCGUCUCCGGCGUUGCCAGUGCCCCCGGGGAUACCGGUUCCUCCAACUUUCCUGCGGCCGCCCAGCCUCUUUCUGCGGGCAGCCGCAGCCGCCGCGGGAAGCGGGGGCUGCGCGCCGGCUCCCGGACUGGAGAGAGGGGUGGGCGCCGUGGGCUGCGGCUAUCCGCGGACACCCAAGUGCGCCCGUUGUCGCAACCACGGCGUCGUGUCGGCACUCAAGGGCCACAAACGCUUCUGCCGCUGGCGGGACUGCGCGUGUGCCAAGUGCACCCUGAUAGCCGAGCGCCAGCGCGUCAUGGCCGCCCAGGUGGCGCUGCGCCGGCAGCAGGCCCAGGAGGAGAGCGAGGCCCGGGGGCUGCAGAGGUUCCUGUACCCGGGGCCCUGCGGGCCCGGGGGUCGGACACCCGGAGGCGGCAGCCUAACGGAGAAUUCCCAGGCCUCGAGCGGCCGUGUGGCGGUGACGACGCUGGGACUGGGUGCCCUGAGACACACUGAUCUGGCGACCCCUGCUUUCCAAGUUGUCCAGCCAGAUAAUAUGGAGGAAAACCAAGAACUAAAAGAGAGUAAAUAUGAAUCAUGCCAGAGUGGACAAGAAGUGCCAGUCUCCAAAUCCCAUCAACGUACUCUGGGAUCCUCUCCUAAGCCUAAUGGUGUCAUUGGAAAACAAAACAUCAGGCCGUCUAUUUCAGAAAACUCAAUGAAGGAUGAUAGCAUUCAGCCUCCUCACCCUGGGGAGUUAUCAGGAGGGGAAGAGAGUCCCAGGUCCCUGUCAUCAUCUGAUUUGGAAUCAGGAAAUGAAAGUGAGUGGGCCAAAGACUUCACUGCUACCAGAGCCAGCCUUCCCACACUGUCCUCAAGACCAAGAGACCCUCUUGAUAUCCUUACCAGGAUUUUCCCAAGUUAUAGGCGUAGCCGACUAGAAGGCAUUCUGCGGUUCUGCAAAGGGGAUGUGGUCCAAGCCAUUGAACAGGUCCUAAAUGGGAAGGAGCACAGACCAGACACCAGGGACCUAGCAAGCUCAGGAGAAUUGGCAAAUACAGCUUUUCAGAGAGCUUCAAAUUUUAGUUUAGGUGGAAUUGGUUUUGGAACUCUAGGGAAUAAAUCAGCUUUCUCUCCUCUUCAGACUACGUCUGCCUCUUAUGGAGGUGAUUCACAUCUCUACAGCUUAAACCCCAGACUAGGUAUCAAUCCGUUACGGCUGGCAUAUUCCUCUCCAGGAAGAGGGCUAUCUGGUUUUAUGUCUCCUUACCUAACUCCGGGGUUGGUACCAGCACUGCCUUUUCGGCCAGCUUUGGAUUAUGCAUUUUCAGGAAUGAUUAGGGAUUCUUCCUACCUUCCUAGCAAAGACUCCAUAACUGGUGGCAGAUUGUAUUCCAGGCCAAAUCAGGACAGUCUGUAAUAUUUCUGCCUAUUCUCUCUUUCUGGAACAUUUCUAGAAGCAUGCAACACAACCCUCACAUCCACAGCUAUUAAUGUGUACAUUCUGUAUGUGAGUGGAUGACUAGGCCUUAUAUUUCUUUUUACAACCAAUAUGAUAGAUUUGAGAUCUAAAGACUUUUCUUUAGCAUUUAUUAAGUGAAAGAAGCAUUUAAACAUUAUACGUGCCUUGAAUAAAGCCAUUUCAGGAAAUAUUUUUACUUUAAUGAAUUUUCUCCCU